AUUAUGGCUACAUGUUUUGUAUACAAAAUGUUACAAAGUUAGUUAACUGCUCAGCAGUUGAAACAAGAAUAUUUCAUACUUACAAAUUAGUGGGAUUCAAUACAGAUUACUUCAGUCACGAUAUGUGACGACUUUGUUGACGUGUAUUUUUCUACGAUAACUUUAUGUGUGCACAUGGUUCCUAAAUAAUAUUCCUGGAUCUCAUCCUCUAUUGCCCUGCUUUUUGUGUUACGGAAAAGAAAUAUUCGUAGUUUUACAAUCGUGAAAUUUUUAGAAAGGGUAUUACCAUAUUGCAGAAAAUACUAUUUUUAAAUGACAAACUAAGAUUGUGAAGUAAACAAGUGUUGUUUCCCGUUAAUAUUAUUUUGUUCAUAAAGCGUUAGCACAAAUUUAUCUUGAGAUGGAGCUGGAAUAUUCGCAAUUAGUUAUGAGUUACGUUGACCCUUUCUUCCGAUACCGAUCUUCAAGUGCCAGUGAUGUGUCAACAGGAUCGGAUUGUGAGGAUGGUGGUGUGAGUAUGCAUGGGAGUCAAUCCAUCAUCUCAUCAAAAAUAAGACAAUCGCUGAAGCAUUUGAGUGCCAGCGCCCCGGCAAUGCGGACAGAUCUUGGGAAGGGAGAAACAGGCGAAUUUUUCAUGGCACCAUCUUCGUCGAAAUCGCGACAAAAGAAAUUCCAUCGCCACUUCACUAAGGUUCCAACAGACGAAAAAGUUCUUGACUAUUACUCGUGUGCCUUGGUUGGUGAUAUAUUGCUCCAGGGAUUUCUAUAUAUAUCAGAAAAUUACUUUGCGUUUUACUCAAAUGUGUUUGGCUACGUGACAAAGUUGCUGAUUCCAAUUACAACCGUUGUGAAGAUAACCAAAGAGCGAACUGCCAAAAUAUUUCCGAACGCUGUGGGCAUCGUGACACAAAGUGAGCGACAUGUGUUUGCCUCGCUUAUCUCUCGCGACACAACCUUCAAACUCAUGAGCAAGGUGUGGCUGCACCACAGCAAACAAUCCUUGGAUACUCUCAUCAUUCCCAAAGACUCAAGUCAAGGAUUCGACGACACCAGCGGCGACAUUGUAAUUGCGGACGACUCCUCAGGCGACUCGAGUGGAAAUGACUCCGCACUUGACCCUUCUUCCUGCAGCGCAUCCCCUCAAAAUACUCCUGGUCUCGGACUCCAGAACUUGCUGCAUGUCAAACUUCCCAAUACAACAAACAAUAAUAACAAUGUGAUAGCUCAUAACAUUACUCAACUUACUCCUGCUCAACGUGAGGAUGUCAAUUUGAAGUUGUUGGGAAAUGCUCCCAUUCCCAUUCGACCUCAUCUUAUAAGUAGCGCAAACUUAGAUAAUUCUUCUUCUUCCAAUGUCAAAAAAAUAGAAAACCAGCAGAAUUUUAGGAAAAGAAGUGAGCCAGAAAAGCCGCUACUGAUAUUGGCAACGGUCCUUCUAGUCAUUCUCUUCAUCUCGGCAGCUUUUCUGUUAAUUCGCAUAUCCCACCUCCAGGAAAAACUUUCAGACAGACCCAGCGGAAGUAAUAGUGAGCAAUUCUAUCAAGACUUAUUAUCUUGGCAAAAUCGCUUACAUUCCAAUUCUGCAGAAGAGAUUCACCAAUUCAUCGACACUAAUUUGCAACAAAUUGUCAGGGUUCGAGAGUCACUGGAGGCUUUGUCAACUCUGUUCAUGAACGGUGGUCGGCACAAUUCUGCCAUGGGCGAUCAUGUCUCAACCCACUCUCAUUUUGCAAACACGGAGCGAUAGUUGUCAAGAAUAACUUCAUUCAUUCUAGCAUAUCCUCACAUGAUCAGUCAGAAAGUCAGUCAAUGAAGAAAGGAGUCAAUAAUAAGUAAUACUAAUCCAGGAAGUAAAUUCAAAGCACAGUUCUCUUUGCCAACUUGUUGAAUAGUAUUAAGUGUACUAAUCCUAAAUUAACUGCUAAAUCAAAAGUCAGUCAGGCGCUUUCCUCUUUUCAUGUUUUAAUUAAGAGACAUAUUUUCGGAGUUAACGAAUGUACAAUUGGAUAUUUAUUCAUCGCCAACUUUCAGAAAAUAUUUUUUGCUUAGUUGUUUUUAAAUUAUGAAUCUUGGUGCCAAUUACCCUCGCGUUGACCGUAUUGUACAAAUUAUUGGUUAGCCUAAUUUAAAUCCAAUCCAUUUACUCAUAAAAAAAUAUACUUAUAAACUUUAACUAAAUGACUGAUAAUUAUAAUUUAAAGAUUAUUCCUGUCUUAUAUACUUAAAGCAGAACAAGUCGACAUGCCAGUCAAAAUGAUACAUAAUUAUUGUUACAUAGUCGAUUUACCAGUGUAAUGAUUGUAGGAAGAACUCCAUUCCAUGAUAGUACAUAUAAUCCUGGACUCGUAUUUACAAUACAUACAAAGUCAUAUCGUCUUUUCGAGAGUAAACCAAAGCCAAAUCACGUCAUACUGGUGUAUGAUGCAACAAAGAAAGUAAAUCGCAGAUGCCAAAUGCAAAGAAAGCUGUUAAUGAAUGCUAUAACACACACAUAUCGGUGCUAUCUUAAUCCUAUCAUAUUUAGGUUGUGAUACGAUGCAACACCAAACGAAUGGCUGCUAAUAUGAAGCAUGUAAGGACGACGUGAAGCCAUGUUUCUAAAUACAAAGUAAAACUUGGUAGCUUAUAUGAAACCAAUAAGAAUUAAUAAAAAUUGUUUAUCAACUAAUAUGAGGAACUAAUUGAGACUUAUGAAUUUAGGUUACCUAUUAUUAUGUAUUCGUUCGUAUUAUUUAUUCAUUUAAGAUAUAUUUUAUAUAUUUCAGAAAUUUCUGUAUAGUCAAUCGAAUUAAGUUUUGUAUGAGUUUGAUAAAGUAUAGUUUAAUCGAUGGGUCAUAUUAAGACGCAGUUGAUUGAUAAUGUUUCAGCCGUGAGGAACAGAUCGAGUUAUUGAACUAUAAUUUUAUUAUACUCUUGCAUAAUUAUUUAUAUGACCAACAUUUGAAUUCGUUCAAUUCUAGAAGACAUUGUUUCACUACGUCAGCAGAGAGGGAAACAAAGUUGCAAUCUCAUUUUUCAUGGAACAAAUUCAAUUGGUGACUAAUAAACUGUGUAAAAUUCUCAAAAAAUAAAUAUGUACUUAUCAGAAAGAAAUUAAAUAAUGGAUUUAAA